AUGAGAGCUCCAAGCCCGCUGCUCCUGCUCCUUUUCCGCACCGCAUACCUCUACACCAUGAUCAUCUACGCGGCGUGCGCGUUCCUCGGCUUCCCCGGCGCCCUCUUCGGCGUCGCCGCUGCCCUGCUCCUCGCCACCCCAAAGAGCAGCGCUUCAUUGUCUGAGAACCGCGACUGAACAACGCCAACGCGACCCCAUCACCCCAAGCCGUGACGCACCCCAACGCGCUGCCGAAACCCACCACACGUCCCAGCGCCAGACCCAGCUUCGCCCGCAAGAACCCAGUUGAAUCUCACACCCCC